AUGGGAGCUACUCGCGCUCAGAAGGCGUUAUACUUCGUAAAGCUCAAGGAGCUAGUCGUUAAAUUCCCCUCGAUUUUCAUCGUCAAUGUCGACAAUGUCGGUUCAAACCAAAUGCACCAGAUCCGUGUCGCUCUCCGCGGCAAGGGCGUCGUCGUGAUGGGUAAAAACACCAUGGUCCGCCGUGCCCUCCGUUCGAUCCUCAGCGACUUCCCUCAGUUCGAGCGCCUCCUGCCCCACGUCAAGGGUAACAUCGGCUUCGUUUUCACCUCGACCGACCUCAAAGAUGUCCGAGACAUCAUCACCUCGAACAAGGUCGCUGCCCCCGCCCGUGCAGGUGCCUUCGCCCCGAGAGAUGUCACCAUCCCUGCAGGUAACACUGGUAUGGAGCCCGGCAAGACAUCCUUCUUCCAGGCCCUUGGUAUUCCGACCAAAAUCGCCCGUGGUACCAUUGAAAUCGUGUCCGACGUGCAGGUUGUGACUGCCGGUACCCGUGUCGGUCCUUCCGAGGCGACACUGCUGAACAUGUUGAACAUUUCUCCGUUCACGUACGGUAUGAGCGUCGUUCAGAUCUUCGACCAGGGGAACGUCUUCCUCCCAUCCAUGCUCGACGUCUCGGAGAAGGAGCUUUUGGACCGGUUCCUGUCCGGUAUCCAGACUGUUGCUGCUAUCUCCCUGGCUCUGCACUACCCGACGAUUGUGUCCGUCAUGCAUUCGCUUGUCAACGCGUACAAGAACGUGCUCGCCGUCUCCAUCGCUACUGACUACACUUUCGAAGGCUCUGAGAAGAUCAAGGAGGUGCUCGCUAACCCUGAGGCGUUCGCUGCUGCUGCUGCCGCCGCUGCCCCGGCUGCCGAGGCUGCAGCUGCUGAGGCUGAGGCUGCACCUGCUGCGAAAGAGGAGGAAGAGGAGGAGUCUGAGGGUGACAUGGGCUUUGGUCUCUUCGACUAG